GAUAACGGAGCUUUGCAAACACCACACCCACCCACAUCACCCCACGCACACAACAUCACAAUGCCUAGCACCGAGUCCAUCCUUCAGGGCGUCAACGUCCUCGGCCCCGUUUCGGAGUCACAAAAGAAGAUCCUCACACCGGAAGCUCUUGCUUUCUUGGCCCUUCUCCAGCGGUCAUUCAACUCUACUCGCAAGGCUCUCCUUGAGCGCCGCAAGAUCCGCCAGGCCAAGCUCGACAAGGGCGCUCUGCCUGACUUCCUUCCCGAAAACAAAACACAUUCGCGAGAACCAAACAUGGAAGGCCGCGCCCCCCGCUCCCGGGCUUGUGGACGCCGGUGGGGAAAUCACGGGCCCCACUCAACGGACCAGGUCAACCUCUACGACGCCAACCGCCGCCAGGUCGACUUCAAGAUCGGCAACAAGGAGUACAAGCUCCGCACUGAUAAGAAGCUCCCCACCUUGAUUGUCCGCCCCCGUGGCUGGCAUCUGGAGGAGAAGCACGUUACCGUCGACGGCGAGCCCAUGUCUGGCUCUCUCUUCGACUUCGGUCUGUACUUCUUCCACAAUGCCUUCCAGACCGUCAAGAUGGGCUUCGGCCCUUACUUCUACCUUCCCAAGAUGGAGUCUCACCUUGAGGCCCGUCUCUGGAACGAUGUCUUCAACCUUGCUCAGGACUACAUCGGCAUGCCCAGAGGCACCAUCCGCGGCACCGUCCUCAUCGAGACCAUCCUCGCCGCCUUUGAGAUGGACGAGAUCAUCUACGAGCUCCGCGACCACUCUUCCGGCUUGAACUGCGGCAGGUGGGAUUACAUCUUCUCCGUGAUCAAGAAGUUCCGUCAAAACUCCAACUUUGUCCUUCCCGAUCGGUCGGCCGUCACCAUGACCGUUCCCUUCAUGGACGCCUACGUCAAGCUCCUCAUCCAGACUUGCCACAAGCGCGGUGUCCACGCCAUGGGUGGCAUGGCUGCCCAGAUUCCCAUCAAGGACGACCCCAAGGCCAACGAGGUGGCUAUGGAGGGUGUCAGAGCGGACAAGCUCCGCGAGGUCAAGGCCGGCCACGACGGCACCUGGGUUGCUCACCCUGCGCUGGCGGGCAUCGCGGUGGACAUCUUCAACAAGCACAUGCCCACUCCCAACCAGCUGUUUGUCAGACGGGAGGAUGUCACGAUUGGUCAGAAUGACUUGUUGAACAUGAACGUGCCUGGUCAGAUUACCGAGGCGGGUAUCAGGAAGAACCUGAACAUUGGCCUGGGCUACAUGGAGGCUUGGAUUAGGGGUGUUGGGUGUGUUCCUAUUAACUACUUGAUGGAGGACGCCGCCACAGCCGAGGUUUCCCGUUCCCAGCUCUGGCAGUGGGUGCGCCACGGCGUCACCACCGCCGAGGGCAAGAAGGUCGACAAGCAGUACGCCCUCAAGCUCCUCAAGGAGCAGACCCAGGAGCUCGCCAGCAAGGCUCCUCAGGGCAACAAGUAUGGUCUUGCGGCCCAGUACUUUUCCGGUCAGGUCACCGGUGAGGACUAUGCUGAUUUCUUGACGAGCCUGCUGUACAAUGAGAUCACCUCUGCUGGUCCGGCGAGAGCGGCUGCUAAGUUGUAA